CCCUCCGCCUCUCCUCCAUUCCCUCUCGUGUUAGUCACUACUCGCCGCGUUUCUUUGGAUCUCAGUCUGCGUCCCCUUAUGGAUAAUGGUCAAGAGCAUCAUUUCAUCUCGGCAUCGCCUCUACUAUACACCCAACAUCAAGGCAGCCCCAUCUCACCAAGGUUUCUAUGGAGCUAAGCUACUUCGGUUAAAUCUCUGUCUCCUAGUGACCGCCGGAUCUAUUGUGCAAGAGUGUUGUUUCGCCAGAUUUGUUUACGUCUUUCUCACCGUUGCGUCUCUAUCACACUAUGCCGUCUCAAGCAUCGACGGUUCUUCACAAAGUCGGAUUUGUGGCCUUCCCGAUCUCCUCGUCGCUGGAACUAUUGUGCAAGAGUGUGGACUCGCCAGAUUUACUAACUACAUCACUGCUGCGCCUCCAUCACAUUACGCCGUCUCAAGCAUCGACGGUUCUUCACAGAGUCAGCUAUGCGACCUUCAAACCGGAGUUGUUGCACGUAGACCCAUCGCCAUAUCAAGUCAGAUAGGACUUCAAACUUUCAAUGGUUCCUACGGUUCUAGAGCUUCUCACCUAAAGUUCUUGCCAAUCAACAUUCCAACUUCUUCCUAUAGGUGUAUCAACGUCGUUUUCGACUAUCAAUUGUUCUUUCGAACAAUAGCCAUGGAAUUAAAAGUGAAGCUUCCUUUUGGGUUUCUUCAUUUCGCUGAGCAUGACUCGCCCUUCGAUGGUUCUAUCUUUAGUUGUUUUGUAUUGUUUUUUAGCUUCUUUCUACCGUCGAGUAUGUUUCCGGGAUCUUUUGAUUCAGUUGUAAACUCUCAUGCUCUUUGA